CCCGCCGCCCGCCCUGCCCUUCCCUGCCCUGCCCGCGCUUCCGACCCUGAGGCCCUCGGCUCGUCUACGAAGAAACUUUUCCGCAGCGUCCGAAGAUGGAGCCUGCCGGCAUGGAUUAUUUCUGCGAGCAGGUACAGCAGAAGGACGUGGGCCGUAGGAUGCAGGUCGGCCAAGAGCUGCUGGAGUACCUGGGCGACCCGGCGAGAUCCCCCGAUCUGGAGCAGGACCAGCAGCGCCUUGACAAAGUGAUCGACGAAUUAACAGCGUGGGUCAACUCCAGUAAUUUUAAGGUAGCACUACUGGGUUUAGAUGUUUUAGGUGCCUUUGUUGACAGACUAUCAGGACGCUUUAAACCCUAUAUAGGAACUGUUCUCCUGCCUUUGAUAGAUCGUAUGGGAGAUGCCAAAGACCAAGUUCGAGAGCAAGCACAGAAUCUUAUAUUGAAAUUGAUGUGUGAAGCAGCACCACCCAUGUACAUUUGGGAACGCCUUGCUGUUGGUUUUAAACACAAGAAUUACCGAUCCCGAGAAGGAGUGUGUUUAUGUCUCGUUGCUACCUUAAACAUUUAUGGUGCACAACCAUUAAUCCUCAGCAAAUUGGUACCACACCUGUGUAUAGCAUUUGGUGACUCCAACAGUCAGGUGAGAGAUGCUGCCAUAUUAGCCAUUGUAGAGGUUUAUAGACAUGUGGGAGAGAAAGUACGAAUAGAUCUUACAAAAAGAGGAAUUCCUCCUGGAAGGUUGCAAACAAUCUUUGCAAAAUUUGAUGAAAUAAGAAACUCUGACAAUAUGAUAUUAAGUAACGUCAGUGACAAAAGCUUUGAUGAUGAAGAGUCAGUGGAUGGAAAUAGGCCAUCAUCAGCUGCUUCAGCCUUCAAGGUUCCAGCACCUAAAAAGCCAGGAAAUCCUACAAACAGUGCAAGAAAGCCAGGAUCAGCUGGUGGGCCUAAGGUUGGAGGUUCCCUUAAAGAAGGAGGAGCUGGAGCUGUGGAUGAGGAUGAUUUUAUUAAGGCAUUUACAGAUGUUCCUACUGUACAGAUCUAUUCUAGUCGAGAACUUGAAGAAACAUUGAACAAAAUCAGGGAAAUUCUCUCAGAUGACAAACAUGAUUGGGAUCAGCGAACUAAUGCGCUGAAGAAGGUUCGGUCCUUGCUUGUUGCUGGAGCUGCACAGUACGAUGGGUUUUUCCAGCAUUUACGGCUGUUGGAUGGUGCUUUCAAGCUGUCAGCUAAGGAUCUCAGAUCCCAGGUGGUUAGAGAAGCCUGCAUUACUGUAGCCCACCUUUCAACUGUUCUGGGAAACAAGUUUGACCAUGGCGCUGAAGCAAUCGUGCCUACUCUUUUUAACCUGGUUCCCAACAGCGCCAAAGUGAUGGCAACCUCUGGGUGCGCAGCCAUCAGGUUCAUUAUUCGGCAUACUCAUGUGCCACGACUCAUACCUUUAAUAACAAGCAACUGUACUUCAAAAUCAGUUGCAGUUAGAAGGCGUUCCUUUGAAUUUUUAGACCUGUUAUUACAAGAGUGGCAAACACAUUCACUGGAAAGGCAUGCAGCUGUCUUGGUUGAAACAAUCAAGAAGGGCAUUCAUGAUGCUGAUGCAGAAGCAAGAGUGGAGGCAAGAAAGGCUUAUCUGGGUCUUAGAAAUCACUUUCCUAGUGAAGCUGAGACUCUGUACAAUUCUUUGGAGCCGCCCUAUCAAAGAAGCCUUCAGACCUACUUGAAGAAUUCUGGCAGUAUAGCAUCUCUCCCUCAGUCAGACAGGUCAUCCUCUAGCUCACAGGAGAGCCUCAAUCGACCUCUAUCAUCUAAAUGGUCUGCAGCCAGCCCAGCAAGUCUUGCAGGCAGAGUGUCAGGCAGCAGCAAGGGCGUCCCAAACCUGGGUACCCUGCAGAGGUCUCGCAGUGACAUCGACGUGAACGCUGCCGCAGGUGCAAAGGCCCGUCAUGCUGCUGGACAGACAACUGGAGCUGGGCGCCUCUCAGCAGCCGGGCUGCCCCCAGGGUCCUAUGCCUCCCUAGAGGAUACUUCUGACAAGAUGGAUGGAACAGCUUCUGAAGAUGGUCGUAUACGAUCAAAGCUCUCGACCCCUUCUGUUGGUAUUGGAAAUUCUAAAACAGAUUCCAGAGGACGGACUAGAACCAAAAUGGUGUCACAAUCUCAGCGUUCAUCAUCGCCAGACCAAAAUGAAGGAUCACAGUCUGCUAACCCCAUUGGUGCUGGCAGUAGAUCUGGAUCUCCUGGAAGAGUUCUGACAACAACCACACUCUCCACUAUGAACACAGGAGUUCAGAGAGUGUUGGUGAAUCCUGCAGCUGCACAAAAACGGAGCAAAAUCCCACGAAGUCAAGGAUGCAGUAGAGAAGCUAGUCCUUCUAGGUUGUCAGUAGCGCGAGGCAGCCGCAUUCCUCGGCCUAGUGUGAGUCAGGGCUGCAGCAGGGAGGCCAGCCGUGAAAGCAGCAGGGACACGAGCCCUGUCCGCUCUUUCCCGCCCCUCGCUUCCAGACAUCACUCCAGAUCUACUGGUGCCCUCUACGCUCCUGAUGCUUAUGGGGCCACAGGUACUGGCUUUGGAAUUAGUCAGUCGAGUAGGUUGUCGUCAUCGGUCAGUGCUAUGCGAGUUCUGAACACAGGUUCUGAUGUGGAAGAGGCAGUAGCAGAUGCUUUGCUCUUAGGAGACAUACGGACUAAGAAGAAGCCUGUGCGAAGGAGAUACGAAUCGUAUGGGAUGUACUCGGAUGAUGAUGCCAACAGUGAUGCAUCAAGUGCCUGUUCAGAAAGGUCCUAUAGCUCCAGGAACGGGAGCAUACCGACGUAUAUGAGGCAGACAGAAGACGUGGCUGAAGUCCUGAACCGCUGUGCCAGCACCAACUGGUCAGAGAGGAAAGAAGGCCUUCUAGGCCUUCAGAACUUACUAAAGAACCAGAGAACUCUAAGUCGUGUUGAGUUGAAAAGAUUGUGUGAGAUCUUCACAAGAAUGUUUGCUGAUCCUCACAGUAAGAGAGUGUUCAGUAUGUUUUUGGAGACACUGGUCGACUUCAUCCAGGUCCAUAAAGAAGAUCUGCAGGACUGGCUAUUUGUACUGCUGACACAGCUGUUGAAAAAAAUGGGUGCUGAUUUGCUUGGGUCUGUACAAGCAAAAGUUCAGAAGGCACUUGAUGUCACAAGGGAAUCUUUUCCAAAUGACCUCCAGUUCAGUAUUUUAAUGAGAUUUACUGUUGACCAGACCCAAACACCUAGUCUGAAGACAGUGAAGCCAGCACUGCAGGACCAGCUUCGCUCUUUUUGGAGCUCAAAGGUCAAAGUUGCAAUCCUAAAAUACAUUGAAACUCUUGCGCAACAAAUGGAUCCAGGAGAUUUUGUAAAUUCUAGUGAAACUAGGUUAGCAGUGUCUCGAAUUAUCACCUGGACCACAGAACCUAAAAGCUCAGAUGUUAGGAAGGCUGCACAGUCAGUGCUGAUUUCCCUUUUUGAGCUCAACACUCCAGAGUUUACAAUGCUAUUGGGUGCUUUACCAAAAACAUUUCAGGAUGGAGCCACAAAGCUUCUCCAUAAUCAUCUCCGGAAUACAGGCAACAGUGGUCAGGGAUCAGUGGGAAGUCCUUUAACAAGACCUACUCCACGCUCCCCAGCAAGUUGGUCAAGUCCUCUCACUUCCCCAACCAAUACAUCACAGAACACUUUGUCACCAAGUGCAUUUGACUAUGACACUGAAAACAUGAAUUCUGAAGAUAUUUACAGCUCUCUUCGUGGAGUCACUGAAGCCAUUCAGAAUUUCAGUUUUCGUAGUCAGGAAGAUAUGAAUGAGCCUGUAAAACGAGAUGCUAAAAAAGAUGAUGGUGAUUCCAUUUGCAGUGCUUCUGGAAUAGUGGAUAUAAGAGCAGGAAGUGGUGUGGGUGAUACAGGUCGGACAGCUCUGGAUAACAAAACGUCAUUACUCAACACGAUGCCUCCCCACUCCUCGCCACGCUCACGAGAUUACAACCCAUACAAUUAUUCUGAUGGUAUCAGUCCAUUUAAUAAAUCUGCUUUGAAAGAAGCCAUGUUUGAUGAUGAUGCAGAGCAAUUUCCUGAUGAGCCUCCCAUGGACCAUUCUGAUCUGGUUGCAGAGCUACUGAAAGAGUUAUCAAACCAUAAUGAGAGAGUUGAAGAAAGGAAGGCUGCCCUGUAUGAGCUCAUGAAGUUAACUCAGGAAGAGUCUUUUGGUGUUUGGGAUGAGCAUUUCAAAACAAUACUACUUCUGCUGCUUGAAACGCUUGGAGAUAAAGAGCAUGCAAUUAGAGCCUUGGCACUGAAAGUUCUAAGAGAAAUUCUAAGAAACCAGCCAGCAAGGUUUAAGAAUUAUGCAGAGCUCACAAUCAUGAAGACAUUAGAAGCGCAUAAGGAUCCUCAUAAGGAGGUGGUGAGAUCUGCUGAAGAAGCUGCUUCCAUGCUGGCCACUUCCAUUAGCCCAGAUCAGUGCAUCAAAGUUCUCUGUCCAAUUAUCCAAACUGCAGAUUACCCCAUCAAUCUGGCUGCAAUCAAAAUGCAGACAAAAGUUAUAGAAAGAGUAUCUAAAGAAACCCUUACUCAGCUUUUACCAGAGAUUGUGCCAGGUCUAAUACAGGGUUAUGAUAAUUCAGAGAGCAGCGUUCGUAAGGCAUGUGUUUUCUGCCUUGUAGCCAUUCAUGCAGUAAUUGGUGAUGAACUGAAACCACAUCUCAGUCAACUCACUGGCAGUAAAAUGAAAUUAUUGAACCUUUACAUCAAACGUGCACAGACAGGCUCUGGAGCAGGGGAUACAGCAGCAGAUAUGACUGGACAAAGCUAAUGAAGCUGACAAGAGUUAACCAGGUCUCCUAAAGCAAGGGCCCUCUUAAGUAAAAGGAAAAUCCUUACAUGCAGCUUCUGGAACUUUUUUCUUGUUUUGUUUUGGUCCUGUCCCCUCCCCACCCUUUCUUUUGUUAUUUUUCUUUUGUUUGGGGUUUUGGGUUUUUUUCUUUAACCAACAGCUGUCCUCAGCCUGCAUGAGACUGUUGCAAUAGAAUUAUUCCAAAUCUAAGGAAAAACAGUAUUAACAUCAAUUGAUCAAAGCAGAAUAAAGUUCUAAAAUAAUCUUAUCCAUCAGUUAUCCUGUUCAUAAUCCUCUGUGUCUUCCCAUUAACUUCUGCCAGUGUUACUGUAUUAAAAAAAGAGAUUUUUUAAAUGCUAAAUAAAAAGGUAUGCUUUAAGCUUCAGAAGUUAAAAUAUAAAUUCUGUUGCUUUUCUUCAGCUGCAGAUAACAGUACCUUUUUAUUGCUGUUUUCUUUGAGUAUCAUGUCCUUCACUAGAAACAAGAAGUGAUGUGAAACAAGGCUGAACUAGUCUGAACUGCAGUGAGACUCGUUCACUGUGUUGAUGGUUCAUCAUCUUAUUUAUUGCUUGUUUGGGAUAUUCUGGAGAUUGAGAAAUAUGCCUAUAAAAAGAAAGCUGGAUUGAUCCAGUUCUGUCACAGUGAUAUUGUUCAUUGGUUGUAUGUUUGUUGCAUAAAUAAGAAUUUAGUGUGCGCAGCAGAGGACUGGUACAACCAGUACCUCUUAAUGUGGAAGACAGCCCUGCCAGGGCAGCACUGCCGACCCAGUGAUAGUGUGGCAGCCUGCUGGUGAGCAGCUGAGUUCAUGGUCACUUGAUGGACGUGAACCAUCCUUGUCACCUUUCGUUCUUCAAGCAGGAUGCUUCAGAAUGGAGUGCUCUACCCAAGCAUGCUCAGUAUGUAUUUAUCUCUAUCACUAGAAUGUUUCCUCUCAACCUAAUAGCUGGAACAAGUAGUCUUGUAUUGUAACUCACAUGGGAUCUUAUGACAACAGUGCAGAAAACUAUUUAUUCCUUACGUUCCGAAGAGCACCAAGAUUUUCUGCACUGAAUUUAAAUGGGGGGAGGGGGGAAUAAUCACAAAUGCUAUGAAUCUCGCCACCUUUUAAUUUAAAGAAAAAUAUAUAUUUUGGAUGAGUAGGAAAAGCUGCACCAAAUUAUUUGCAUGGUUUUCUUGAAUAGCAUCCUCAAGACCCAUCUGGAUUAAGGUGUGGAAAUGUUUCAAGGGUUUGUUUUUCCAUUUUUGAAAAAGAGUUAGUAUAUUGUGAAUAAUGGUUCUUUGUAUUUAUGAAGUUGAUAAUGGAAAGAGAACAAAGAUAAGUAAUUGUGUCCCUAAAUGUUGUCUUUUUCCUUUUUUUCCCUUUCUUUUUUAAUAUAAGCAGCAAGCUAAUUAAGUGAGAAAUGGGAUGAAACAGUGCCCUUCCCAGGAAUAGUGGAACUUUUUUUCCCUUUUUUUUUCUUUGACUGUGAUGUUGUCUAGUUGUAGGAAGUGUAUCCUGAUAAGAGAGAAAAUAGUGGUGCCAAGGAUGAUCUAUGCUAAGCUAAAAUUCUCUCUACCUCUUCAGGGUGACUAAUUUUUGACUGAGCUGCUGCAUAUAGCACCCAGUAGAAGAACUAUCUACAGAAAAAUCUUUUUUUUUUUUCCAAAUUAUCACUUAAUGUGUAUUCAAAACUCUAUUCUUCAACAUUGCAGCCAAAUAUCAUAAGAAACUACUUACACACUUUACCUGCUAGGAGCCCUGAAAAACAAAACUGAAUAAAAAAUUAAGUCAGAUGCUUGUAGUUAGAAGGAAAGGUUGUUUUCACUUUAGUUUGAAGUGAAUGCAAUAGAAAGAGCUAAGAUGUGGUUAUUAAAGAAGCGAUACCAUUGCAGAGAUUUAUUCGGAGGAAAAGUUACAGAAAUAUAUGUAAAGACUUAAACCCAAGACUGUCAUAACUUGUCACUAGCCCUUUUUAGCAGCUACAUGAAGAAAAGAGUAUCUCCUUCUUUCCUUUGUUAAGUGUAACAUCCUUGUUGUUUUCUACUGUUUAAUUACAUUGUGUAUUUAUAGUUCUAUGCUUACCAUUGUGCAUAUACUGGCAAUAAAAUGUACAUAACAUUACUUAAAAGAUUAGCAAUGUAUACAUUCUG